AGGGGGAUUAUAUAUAUGUAUAGAUAUGCCCGACUGCUAAACCGUGUGGGGCGGGACUAUGGAGAAGUGCUGUCCAUCUAUGUUGAUACAGAUCUGAAAAAACUGGACUAACGGAGCGUCUGCCUACGUUGCUUUUCGCAUGGACUAAUUUUUUGUUUUAUACAGAGGGCAAAGUUUUUCAACGCGGGGGAAAAUUGUUCACCUUUAGCUCCACUAGUUAGCGACCUGGCUGCAACAUCUGGGCACCUCUCUGCUACUGUACAAAAGUGAAGGUUGAUAUGCAACAUCAGUGAUGGAGCCCAUGACGGUGACGACGUCAGUGGUCGGACCGGAGGAGUUCGAUCGCAAUGCCCCCCGGAUCUGUGGCGUCUGUGGGGACAAGGCCACUGGCUUCCACUUCAAUGCCAUGACCUGUGAGGGCUGCAAAGGGUUCUUCAGGCGCAGCAUGAAACGCAAAGCUUCCUUCACCUGUCCGUUUAAUGGGAGCUGCACCAUCACUAAGGACAACAGGCGUCACUGCCAGGCCUGUCGUCUUAAACGCUGCAUUGACAUCGGCAUGAUGAAAGAGUUCAUACUGACAGAUGAAGAGGUUCAACGGAAAAGGGAAAUGAUAAUGAAGAGAAAAGAGGAGGAGGCAGCCCGAGAGGCCAUGAGGCCCCGGCUGAACGAGGAACAGGCUCGGAUCAUCUCCUGCCUGGUGGAAGCUCACCACAAGACCUACGAUGCUUCCUAUUCUGACUUCACACGCUUUAGGCCCCCGGUACGCGAAGGCCCGGUUACACGCAGUGCCAGCAGAGCUGCCUCUCUUCACUCACUCUCUGAUGCCUCGUCUGACUCAUUCAACCACUCACCUGAGUCAGUGGACACCAAAAUGAACUUCAGCAACCUGUUAAUGAUGUACCAGGAUGGCGCAAGUAGUCCAGACUCCAGUGAGGAGGACACAAAACUUUCCAUGCUGCCCCACCUGGCUGACCUGGUGUCCUACAGCAUUCAGAAGGUUAUAGGCUUUGCCAAGAUGAUCCCAGGCUUCAGAGACCUGACAGCAGAGGACCAGAUUGCUCUUUUAAAGUCAAGUGCCAUUGAGAUCAUCAUGCUGCGUUCAAACCAGUCAUUCAGUCUGGAAGACAUGUCCUGGAGCUGCGGAGGACCUGACUUUAAGUAUUGCAUCAGCGAUGUGACAAAGGCGGGUCACACUCUGGAGCUGUUGGAGCCGCUGGUGAAAUUCCAAGUCGGUCUGAAGAAACUCAACCUGCACGAGGAGGAGCACGUGCUGCUGAUGGCCAUCUGCCUGCUCUCCCCAGAUCGUCCCGGUGUCCAAGACCACGCCCGCAUCGAGCAGCUCCAGGACCACCUGUCCGAAGUGCUGCAGGCCUACAUCCGAGUCAACCACCCAGGCGGACGUCUGCUCUACGCCAAGAUGAUCCAGAAGCUGGCUGACCUGCGCAGCCUGAACGAGGAGCACUCCAAGCAGUACCGCUCGCUCUCCUUCCAGCCCGAGCACAGCAUGCAGCUGACCCCACUGGUGCUGGAAGUGUUUGGCAGCGAGGUGUCAUAGCGGUGGAGGAAGCCUGCGUGUAUGCAUUCACACGCUCGUAACACAGAGGAUGAGUAACCAACCCCUGCUGCCUUUUCCCCAAGAACGCCACUGCCCUCAUAAAAACCUGGGCAUGUGGGAGAAAGAUGGAUAAUCUGACAGGUAGACAGUAAUCUUCACCUCUUCAUCAUCUCUUCAUCCUCCUAACCUCAAGCUACAAGACUCAGACAACUGGACCUCUGGAUUUACAAAAAUGAAACACACUAAACAGGUUCUUGCUUUCUGUUGCACUUGGAUAAUCAGAUUUUAUUUUUGCUUCUGGAUUUGCAAACACUGUACAGAAUCAGAUUUCAUUACAUCACACAGAUAUCCAGACUCAUUGACAUCCUGGUCCUCUCUCCAUCCCCAAACUCCAAAAAUCACCCCUUAAUCAUGACGGCCUUUCCUCAAAAACUACUAGAUUCCUGCCACUUUUCCUGCAGUGGAGACAGCUCGAUGGACACAAAUGUCUCAUCCUCUUUUAACAUUGCUCCAUGUUCACGCCAUUGCCACAAUACACAGGAGCAAAUGCACAGAUUUACUUUCAUUACCCAUGCUGGGUGAUAAACUCGGUUUAGAUAGCUAUUAACUCUUGUUGGUUUACAGUUUUCAAAAGCAAAGACAUCCAAAUAUAUUAAAUAUCAGAAGCCAUGGGCAAGCUUACAGUAAUCUCAUAGAAAUACAAAGUGAGAGUGGAGCAGGCGUGUUUCCCUGUGAAUCUGUGCAUAUAGUCUCAGAUAGUGUAAUAGACUGAAGAAGGACAUUUAAGUAGGAAAGCAUCAGGAUGGGAAUGGUGAAGGAGGAAGGAGGAAACGAGGUUGGAUAAAUGGAGGGAGGUGCUACAGAUGAUGGAAUUCCUUUUUCACAGGACAAAAAGGAAUUCAGUAAAAAAGAAUGUAUGUAUAAAUCUAUAUAAAUAUAAAUGAUACGUAUAAGCUGACAUAUAUAGGAAAACAUGGUUGCUUCCAUGGAAGCAAAUAGUUCUGACUAUUGUACUAUGUAGAGGAUUUGAAGGCCUCUCCUCUGUUGUGUGUGUGUGUGUGUGUGUGUGUGUGUGUGUGUGUGUGUGUGUGUGUGUGUGUGUGUGUGCGCGCGCGUGUGUGUGUAUAUGUCAUAUUUCAAAAGGCAAAUACACACACACACAUUGAGAAGCGUGUGAGGAGUCCUUUUAUUUACGAGAUAUGUGUACAGUGAGGGAGAAUAUUGAUGGACCACUGGGGGGUGUGUGUACAGGCUCUGACUGAGGGUCUAGUGCAGGGAAGCAUUUUUUUGGACCUGUGAAGUUUGUAGAGUGACAUACGCAAACACAACUUCAUGUUGCAUGGAUAGUGACUAUCCAAAAGUAUUUGUUCAGCUGGUUAGAUUGCUGCUAAGAAAGUUAGAGCUGCGUAGUUGGACAGAAACCAGCUACCAGCUGUUGCCUCAGGGAAAAGUUUGUCUGAUGAUAUUGUGUACUUGGUGUUUACGAUGUGUGCGGCGUAAGCGUACAAUCAUGAGACAGAGAUUGUUUUUGAAGCUCUAGGCAUCACUGUGAUUUCUAAUCAUACUAAAUAACAGCAGAAGGAAGCUAAAAGAGUAACUUUUUGAAAUAAUAAUUAAUGCGAGACUUUGUUUUCUAAGCUUAUCUGAUCAAAGAAAUUACAUUAGAGGUCAUAAUUAAUACAUUUCAAAUGCAGACUCAUCGGUGUGAAAAUAUCUGCCUGAGCUUUAGUUUGUCUGAUUGUUUUUUCCCCCCAAAGUCAGAACAGUAGCAAUAUACAAUAGUUUAAUGUUGUGAAUGAAAUCCUGAAGAUGCUCUUAGUAGCAGAGUAGCGAUACAAAGCACGAGAAAGAAUUUCUUUUUUUGUACAAAAGAUAAACUCAAGCCUCAUAUCUUUUUAUCACAUUUGUAUCAUUUCAACACCAGCCACAUAAGCGAGGUUUAGAAUGUUAAUUUUCAACAUCACUACAUAUCAUACAUCACAUUUCUGUUGACACAGUGUUUGCUCACCCUCAUGCAGACCUGGACCACCCCCUUGUGGACAAACUUUGUAAAUACCACUUGCUAAUUCUGUACAUAUUUAGAAUCUAACGUAGGUUAAUAUACGAAGAGAAUUCACUUGUUAAUGGCGAGAUGCUCUGCUAUAUGCAAUUAGGAGUUGAACUCUUAUGUUUUAUUCUGCUAGAACGGACAGAAGUGGCAAUUCUGGACAGGUUGCUGAGCUGUUUCAGGGAGAACCAGAGAAGACUGCUGGCUUUUUUCUUUUUGACAUUAAGUGAAAAGAAUUGUACCUGUUUGAUAUUAGUAAAACACCACCACAGCUAAAUAAACACCUGUUAUAAGCAGGUAACCUUCUUCCUACUGAAUUGGCCAAUAUAGUGGACAAACAUCAAUGAGACUUCGAAAAAAGAUGUUUUAUAAUUACAAACACUUCAUAUGAUUAAACAUUCCCAGUGGCAUUUGUUUUUGAGCAUUCCAUCUACACAGUAUACACACAGUUGUUGUAAGCAUCCUAACACACCGGCGGCCUUUGAAACGUGCCCAACAGCUCAGUAACUUCUCACUAGUAAAUGUCUUCUCUGUCCAUUUCAGGCUUAUGGAUGUAUGUCUUUUUCUCUCUCCUUCUAAAGUCAAUCGAUAAGCUUUUGACAAUUAUAUAGUAUAUUCAUAAUCUUUUCAUUUUGGUGAACAUCUGAUUUUAUUUACUGAUUUAAUUUUGUUCUUUUCAAGACUGUCACUUGUAUUGCGUGUCAGAGUUUGCCGUCUUGCUGGCGCUUGGCUUGCUGCGCUGCAGUGUCGUUUUAAUGAAGCAAAGAUGAGCAAAGCGGACUCCUGGAGCCGUUUUCGAAGAACAAGCUCCUUCUUCCCUUUUUUUCCCCCUGAUAUCAAGUGAGUGAACAUGGAAUAGCUCUUUUUUUUAACUCACAUAGUGGCUUCAUCCUCUCAUACAGGGAAGGGAAGGAACACUGACACUGAUUUUUGUUUUCUUCCUUUUUGUUAAUGGAAGGAAAGAAGUCUUGUCAGUGUCGCUGUUUUCCACCUGGAGCUGGAUCAUUUCUUUGUGAACGGAGAGGCAGUCCCCAACUCUGUAUAAAAAAACAAAAACAUCUCCUUCUUCAAACCCUCAUGUGAUCAUAAACUAACACUGCCUCAACUGACUUUCACAGGAUUUAGCCAACGCAAACUGUUGCAGCUACAGCAUGGGCGUGCCUCUUUUUCCAUCAACCAUCUAACCACCUCUUGUUCUGCAAUAACCAGUUACAGCAGGAUUAUUCUUCAUAGCUUUAACUCAGCAGCGAGUCAAGCUCUACUUUGGAAAACUGUGGUGCACCAAGGGCUGAUGGGAGUGUAAGUUUUAGGGAGCACAACUGCUGUGGAAUUGUACAGGUCGCUCAAAUGUGGAGAUGACAACCGAGAAUGGCUCCUCUGUCCGACUCGACCCAGGAAACCUUUGGAGUGGACCUCUAGAAGACUGUGUAGAAUCUGUAUAGAGGAUUAAAGGAGAUAAAAUAUUUUUUAAAAAGAGAAUUGCCACAGAUGUGCAGACUUAGUGACACACUGUAAAGUGUGCACUGACUGACUGAUACGUCGCCUGUUAAAAUCCAAAGCGGGAUGUUACCUUUGUCACUGCUCUGCGUCUCGCAUCGCAGCUGUUUAAAUUCAGAUGUUUUAAAGCAAUCAUCAUUUGCUAAAGAACAGUUGUUGACAGACUUUUUACAUUUACAUCUACAUCAUCUGUUUCAAAAGGAAUGAAGGAGAGGGUGAUGGGGCGAGAGUCUGCGCCCUUGUAAGGAUUCACUAUUUAACUUUGCUAUGCUGCUGCUGGAUGCUGACUCCUCCUUGGAGAAGCCCUACUUGCCAUUAUUAAUGUAUAUAUUUAGGGUUAAACAUGAAACAUCUGGCUUAUACAUUUUAACCUAAUAGUUGUAGCUGAUGCUAGAGGCCGUUAGCGUUUAAAAGAAUCCAAACAAUGCUCAAGUCUCUCGCCCCAUUACCCCUCCUCCCUUCAACCCAGGUCAGCAGCUCCACCUCAGUAGCCUUACUUACAGCAACCUCACUCAGCUGGAAACAUUUAACAGAUACCUCAGUAACGUACAGGACAACUUUUCACAAUAGCCUUGAAGGGAACCAAACAUAAACUCAUACCACAGAUAUACUCAGCACACACCAAUACAAACACACACACUACAACUCUCUCCUCAGCAACCUUUGCAGUGUUCUUUCAUAAGAUAUACAGGAAACUAGUUGCCAAUUGUUGUAAAAAGGUUGUUAGGUAGAAUCCUGUUGUGAGUAGGCCAGUGGAUCCCAAUGUUUCUCAAUGUUAACUUUCACACUGUUUUUUUUUCUCUUUACUCACUUGCUGUCAUCUCUGCUUUGCUCUUUUUUUCUUCGGACUUUGUCGUCUCUCUGUCUCUGCAAACGGACGAUGCACCGCUAAGCUUUAGCAGUGCGUUUAGCCAAACAUACUACCUCUCCCUUCUGCACAUAAAUUUAUAAAUAUAUAUAUUUUUGUCGCAGCAUGAUUGUGCUUAAUAUAAAACAUCCAUUUUUACGUUAACACUAAUUUAGAAGUUUUUUGGUGUAUAUGUACAGUAUAUUCCUUUUUAUCUCUUUUCAAAUGCUGGAUGAUAUCUAUUUUUUUUUACUUCAAAUUUCUAUAUAAGCCUACAAAUUUUAAACUCACUCAAAUCUGAGGCCUCUUUAGCUCCACUUUCUCACCUAAGUGUGUAAAUGCAUGUUAAAAAUGAUGCAUGAAAGUGAGGCUACAUUCAGAGCAGCAGAAAGUGCCAGAAUUCUUUUGGAUUCUUUUUAUCUGUCUCAAAGAGCAGAUUUAUAUUUUUUAAAUUAUUAUAAUUAUUAUUGUUUUACCCAGGAGAGAAAAAACCCCAUUUGUUUAGGUAAAUAUCUAAAUGAGCAACUUGGAUUGGUGGAACAGACAUAAUUUUGAUGAAACAGUAGCUUUGAAAAGUCCCCUUUAGCAAGCAGAACAGCUGACUCGAUAGGUGAAGUUUUGUAGACUGAAGUGGAAGAAGCAUCAUAUAGCAGAACUUUGAAAUGACUGAGAGGUAGAGCCUGACUGAUUUAUUGGCAAGGCGAUAUUAUUGGACUAUAUUUACUAUUUUUUGUUAUCUGCAUUUUUAAAUGACGAUAGAAUUGGAAAGAAGAGACAGAAGAAACACCUUUCAGCCAAGUUACGAACGGUGAUAUUACACAGUUUUUCCACCAGAGGGCACAAACAACAAGCGGCUGAUCUGAGGUGAGCUGGAUAGAAGGUGAACAAGUAAAUAAAUAACUACACAUAACAAAUGUUCAGGAAAGUUGUAUGUGUCGUGCAUACGAAAAAAAAAAAAUAAUCAGCCGGUAUUUUGGAAUAUUGGAUUUUUCAUACCACUCGAUUUUAGAAUCGACGUUGAAAAUCCUGCAUCAGUCAGGCUCUACUGCAAGGUGUGCGGGACCUAAAAACAGUUUAUAAAAAUUCUGAAGAAAGACUGUCAUAAACUCAGCGAAAUAAUAGUGACAAGUUUAACAUUUAUGGAAAUACGUUUUCAUGCUUUCAUGAAGUAAGUUAGACGAUUGAUUGAUACCACUUUGGCUUUGUGCAAA